AUGCUUAUGGAAUUAUUAAUUUUAUGGUUUUACAUAAUUUCUUUUGUUCUUGCAGAAAAAUGCGAUGAGGAUAUUAAUGUGAAAUCGCAAACAGAUCUUGACCGUAUCUCUGAAUGCACAGUAUUUGAAGGCAGUAUUUAUGUUACAUCUUCUAUUCCUCUAAUUGAUCUUGGCAAUCUUGAACACAUACUAGGAGAUCUCGUUAUCUAUGAAAAUGAUGAUAUUUUAUUAUUUAAAGCCUUUAAUCUCGUUAGCGUACAAGGAAAAUUAGUGUUUAAAAAAUUAACAGCGCUUGAAAAAAUAGAAUUACCAGCACUUAGUUCUGCAGAUACUAUGAUUCUAUUUCAAUGCGCACAGCUCCAAACCCUCAAUUUAAAUACAGGAAUAAGUCGUCUUAAUCAUAUUACAGUUUCAGAUACAUCAUUACGCAAUAUAUCAGGAUUUUUAAUGAAAUCUCUUAUUUCUUUAAAUAUUAAUAAUAAUAAUUAUCUUAGCACUUUUAACAUGUCGAAUCUAGUUACAAUCGGAGAUAAGUUUUCCUUUAUGCAAAAUGGUUUAGUCCAAAAUAAUUACGGAAUCCCUAUUUCUUUGCCUUCUUUAGAAAGCAGUGGUGGACUGUUUUUACAAAGUGUUUCUUCUGUAGAACUAGAACAAUUAAAAAAUAUUACAGGAGAUUUCGGAUUAUCUCUAAGCACAUUAAGCAAUCUUACUCUAGAAUCAUUAUCUUUUAUUCAAGGAUCAUUAUCUAUUUAUAAUAACACUGUAUUAACUAGUCUUGAAUUUCCAAAUCUAAUUUCCAUCGGAGGGACUUUUCUAAUUUCUGAUAAUCCAAAUUUACAUGUUAUCUCAGGAUUUGAUAAAGUCCGAUAUAUUGGCGGUUCGAUUCAUUGGACAGGAUUUUUAAAAAGUAUUUCUUUAUCCAGUAUCACUGACAUAAAAGGCACAGUAAAAAUUUUAUCAAGCACUCAUAUUUCAUGUCCAGCGUUUACUAAAUCACGCGCUAUUAUUCAAGGAGCUAAUCCAGUAUGUAAAAGUUCCAUAAGUUCUGAUUCUGGCGGUGCUUCCAGUAAUAGAAAAAAUGGUUCUUAUAGUAGUAAAAAGAAUGGGUUUAUGUUUAUUGGAGGUACAUAUUUUUUCACUGCAUUUCAAAUCCUUUGCACUAUUAUAAUUUUGCAUUCAAUAAUCUAGCGAAUUAUUUAUUUACGAAGCAUUCCCUCAACAAAUACGAUUC